AUGGCCGCCGACAUAGAUUUCGUGCUCGUCUACCGCGAACCCGAGGAAACGCGAUGGGGCCCCUUCACAAGAGCAGCCCGAUGGGUGGCCGACGUGCUCAGAGUGCCACAUCGAAUUCCUGAUACGAGAGCCGAAAUUCUGCGCCAGCGACGCCAAGCCCGGGAAAUCUACCAAAAGCGCCUCAUCGAGGCUGGGUUAAUCCUGCGCGUCGUUUCGGCCUGCGAGAGCAACCGUCGCAACUUUGUGCUUUGCCAUGCGCCGGAUUCGGUACUUGAACGCCACGCCGAUGUGAUUGGGAUCAAGAAGAAGCUGUCCAAAUCGUUCCUCUUCAACUACACCGCGUUGGCGAUUCGUUUUUUGACGUUUCGUAGUGAGGGGAUGCCGGAGACUUGUAUCGGCGAAGAUCUCGAGUACAGCAUGGCCGAUCGGGUGCUGAUCGUCAAGGAUCUGCUCUCGCGCAUCAACUACGGCGCCAACAAUCAACCGCAUACGGUUGGCAUCGAUAAUAUGGUCGACCAAAACAUCUACACGCUCGCCUAUCCAAUCCAUGAUGAUCCGGCGCAGCAUCAAUUAUCCACACUGUCGUCACAAUCGGCGCCUAAACCGGCGGUCUGCGAGCGGGAAUGGCUGUCAAUUCACUGGGCUACGUUCUAUGCGCUUUUCAUGGAGCAGCCGCUAGAUGUCGUUCGGUCGUAUUUUGGUCCACAAGUCGCGCUCUACUUUGCCUUCUUCGGCUCCUACACGACGUGGCUGGCGUUCAUCGCGUUGCCGAGUUUCCUGUUCAAGUUGAUCACCUCCGUUCUCGACAUUAGCGGCUCGAUGGGCAAACUGAAUAUUUUGAGUGAACCGGUGCUUCCGAAAGGCGUCUGCGAGGCAUAUCGUGGUCGAGGUGUGAUGAUGUGCCCGCAAUGCCACACGAAUUGCGACUUUGAGAGUCUCGACGGGCUUUGCACACAUCAGCUGCCAUUCCUCUACACCCCACACGCGUUGGCCCCAGUGUUUCACUCGUUCGUUGUCUGCGUCGCUGCCAGCUGCUUCGUCCAAUACUGGAAACGUCGUGAGGCCUGUCUCGUACAUCGAUGGUCUCUGAAAGACAACGUCCACGAUGAGGAAAUGCUACGCCCAGAGUUUCUACGGGCCCAGAAUCGGACGCUGAAACUGAAUAAAGUGACGUCAAGAAUGGAGCCGGCGCAUUCGAAGUUUCAUCGCGUCUCCGUUGCCCUGUUGGAAUUGAUUAUCAUCUUACUCAUGUUGGUAACAAUCCUCGGGGUGAACUUUGGCUGCCAUCUUCUGAAGUACCACAUCCGUUCCGUGCUCGUCGAGCUGCUGAAACUUCCCCUGGACAGGAUCACCAUCGUCUGUUCAUCGCUUUUCUCAGCCGCCGUCCAUUCCACCAUCAUCCUUUUAUUGAAUUGGAUCUGCGAGAUUGCGUGUCUUUGGAUUGUCAACUGGGAGAACCCGCGUACACAGCGCGAAUUCGACGACCACUACUCGAAGAUGAUCUUCAUCUUCCAAUUCCUCGACUACUUCUCGCCGCUAUUCUACAUCAUCUUUGGACGCACAACCGUAUCCCUGUUCUACGCUCGUUUCGACCCCGACCAAAUCACGAACGCCGAAGAGGGGCCUUGGCGCCGUUGGGUAGUUGAUGCAUGUACCUAUACCUGUUUGGAGGAAUUGGACCAAGCGAUGAUCAUUUUCUUCUGCUUCACCCAGAUCUUCCGCGAGCUGCUCAAGUUCGGCAGGCCGUUCCUGAUCGGUAUCUGCCGCCGUCUAUUUCUACGGAAGGGUACGCGCAGUCUACCCCAGUGGGAGACCGACUUCUUCUUGCCGACCCUCUACAAUCAGCAGCUGUGUUUUGACUAUCUCCGGCUCAUUAUCCAAUUCGCGUAUGUGGUCCUCUUCUCGUCAUCGUUCCCCAUGGCUCCUCUACUGGCCCUCGUCGUCAACGGGAUCUCGCUUCGGGCAGAUGCUAUCAAGUUCCUGCGCUCAAAUCGGAGAGCCGUUCCGAAAAUGGUGCCGUCGAUUGGUGUCUGGCUGAAGGUGCUGAGCACCGUCUCGACCUUCUCCGUCAUCGUCAAUGGCUUUGUGCUGGCUUUCACCACCGACAUCGUCCCGCGCUGGUUCUACCUCAGCCAUCAUCCCGAACAAGUUCAACUGAACGGCUUGGAUGAGAAAUACUUCGACUUCACCUACGCCCAUUUCGACUCGCGUAAUCUGUCGAUCCCACUGACCGCCCACCAGGGAACAAAUUCAUGCCGUUUCUACGGUAUGUACGAGCGGCCCUGUACCCUAUUCCCGGAAGACAACGAGUGCCAUGACACGCCGCAGAAGACGCGCGAAUUCCUGCAGGUGCUCAUCUACCGUGUGCUGUUCCUCUCCCUUUUUAUGAAUAUGGUCUUUUUGAUCAACUGGAUCGUGCGCGCUGUCUACCCUGCCGAUCCGCCAAGUGUCCGGCUGGCACGGAAGAGCGAUCAUUUCAGGGCUCAACAAGCGAUGGAUCGAAUCUCUCGCAUGUCCGAUGGGAAAAGAGAAUCGCGAAAAACUCGAUCGAAGAGCAGGGAUAAGAAAUUGCCAACGGACUUUUCGGGUAUCUCCAUCCAGCCAAACGCCAUUAUCUGGCGUCCACCACCACCCCCGCCGACAUCUGUCGAUGACGCCCCGCCUACAACGCCAGAUUCCGCAGCAUCGGCUCAACCUUCCUGCCCUGCGGCCAGCACCCCGACGAACGUGACGGAUCCGCUGCCGAAAACUCCUAUGAUCGGCAGCCCCGCGUCCAGCCAGCCAGCCGCGACAACUCCUCCAGUCCCAGUUGCCCACCCGAAGAAUGUGACGGAACAG